AUGUCUUUCAAUAAAAAUUUACAAAAUUUUGCACCUACCUCUAAUACACUUCCUCGUCCAGAUGAAAAUUUUGUAAUUGAAUUGAGUACUGAUUCCAAUAAUGAACUCAACGCCGAAGAACAAUUUUUUAAACAUG